AUGAUUAACGCGCGUGUUAUGCAAGCCACGCUCGAUGGUGGUAAUGCUCAGCAUUUUCAGGAUCAAGCUGUUGCCUCAGUAGUUUUCGUCACACCGGAGAAUUCGACGCGGUUGGCGAUCAACAAUGCGUUCAUGAAAGAAACUGCAGCCAAGCUACCGAACAACGUAUACCCGAUCCGCGUCAUCGCAAAUUUCAAGGGUGCCCUCAACGGCCUCAGCAGGAGCGACCUCUGCUACGUUCUCAGCAUCCCAGACAACAGGUUUGGCCGGAUGGCUACAUUCCUAGAUCUAGUUCAAGGAAUGCCCAUACAAGUGACACAGAAUGUUGCCACCGCCAAGGGUGUAGCGAACGACACGCUAGGAAUACUCGAGCCACACGCUGCUUCGAUUCGCCCUGGGCUUGUCCCCGAAUUAUUCCCCGUGUUUUUCACAACGGAAGCAUAUAAGAAAGCAAAUAUCAAGCUCGCACCGGCUCCAGAUGGGCAGCCGUGCUACGUCAAAGUGCGCCCGCAGCAGUUCCCCUUUGUAUGCGCGGUUGGCUCGAUCGUAUAUAAAGUCCAAGGAGAAACACUGCAAUCCAUGAUUGUCAUCGACUGGAAAUCAACGCAGCCACUCGCCAACACACCACAACAAACAUAUUUGCUUGUUUCGCCGGUUACAACUCGCAACGGACUGACCGCACUAGCACCACUAACACCGAAGCUCGUGGAGUGGUCGAAGCCGUCGGAUCAUGCGCUCCACGAAGAAGAACGCCUCAACGAUCUCAGCAACGCCACGUUGGAGGAAUUCCACCUGCCAGUGACCACCGUCGUGACGGACCAAUACCGCGAUGGAAACAAUCCGCAAUCUCGAGAUGAAGCACCAUAA